ACUAGGAACUGGCUGCUUCUGGUUUGUCUGCGUUCAACUACAGGAGCUGGUGGGGGGGGUUCCAGCCACAAACAAAGAACCGGCUUUCUGACGACGAUCGGAGCGAAAGAUCCCUUAGAAGCAGUGCUUGGACGGCAUGCAAAGUUGUGAAAUAUCUUCAGAGAGUACUGAUGAUCCCCUUAGUAGUGGCUUACAGCGAAAUCGACAGCCUCGAAUAGUAGUGAUUGGCGCUGGCCUAGCAGGUCUUGCAGCUACCAAAACCCUCCUAGAAAACGGUUUCACCGAUGUCACUAUCUUAGAGGCGUCUGACCGAGUUGGAGGAAGAGUUCAAAGUGUAAAGCUUGGGCACACUAUUUUAGACCUUGGAGCUACUUGGAUUCACGGAACCAUUGGAAAUCCUGUCUUUCACCUGGCAGAAGACAAUGGCCUCCUGGAAGAAACUACUGAAGGGGAAAGGAGUGUUGGACGCAUCAGCCUCUACAGCAAAAAUGGAGUGGCCUACCACCUCACUAACAGUGGUAAAAGAAUCCCAAAGGACUUGGUUGAGGAAUUCAGCGAUCUAUACAAUGAGGUUUAUGAGCUGACUCAGGAAUUUUUUCAGAGUGGUAAACCUGUUGGCGCCGAGAGCCAAAACAGUGUUGGCAUAUUCACCAGGGAUGUGGUUAGAAAACGCAUCAAACUGGACCCAUAUGAUUCAGAGACCACCAGGAAGCUCAAACUUGCCAUGCUGCAGCAAUAUCUAAAAGUGGAGAGCUGCGAAAGCAGUUCCCCUAGCAUGGACGAAGUGUCCUUGAGUGAAUUUGGUGAAUGGACAGAAAUCCCUGGCGCACAUCAUGUCAUUCCGAGCGGCUUUAUCAAGAUUGUGGAGCUUCUGGCACAGGACAUCCCUAAGCGGAUGGUGCAGCUAAAUAAGCCUGUUCGCUGCAUUUAUUGGAACCGUUCAAUGCGUAAAGAAAUCACUGAGAGUGAAGAUCACAACAAUGACCAGUGGCAUUCAUCGGGUCAAGAUCAGGAAUACCCUGUCUACGUGGAGUGUGAAGAUUGUGAGUCCUUUCCUGCAGAUCAUGUUAUUGUCACAGUUUCUCUUGGUGUGCUCAAGAAAUGUCAAGAGACCAUGUUUGUCCCCGCUCUCCCAGAGGACAAAGUAAUGGCCAUCGAGAAGCUGGGAAUCAGCACGACUGACAAGAUAUUCCUGGAAUUCACAGAACCAUUCUGGAGCCCUGAAUGCAAUAGUAUUCAAUUUGUGUGGGAAGAUGAGGCACAGCUGGAAAACCUAACAUAUCCAGAGGAGUUAUGGUACAAGAAGAUCUGCAGCUUUGAUGUCCUCUACCCACCAGAGCGUUAUGGGUACAUGCUCAGCGGAUGGAUCUGUGGUGACGAAGCUCUUAUUAUGGAAAAGUAUGAUGACGAAACAGUUGCAGAGACCUGCACCGAACUUCUCCGGAAAUUUACAGGGAACCAAAACAUUCCAAAACCUUGCAGGAUCUUGCGCUCUGCCUGGGGAAGCAACCCCUACAUACGUGGAUCCUACUCUUUCACUCGUGUGGGCUCAACUGGGACUGAUGUAGAGAAGCUUGCCAUGCCAUUGCCUUAUGCUGAAAGCACAAAAUCACCUCCUCUGCAGGUCUUGUUUGCUGGAGAAUCCACCCACAGGAAGUAUUAUUCCACAAGUCAUGGUGCUUUGCUGUCCGGCCAGAGAGUGGCAGCUAACCUCAUCGAGAUGUACCAGGACAUGUACAAUGAAGACACUGCAAAGCCUAGCAUUUAAAGAACCACUGACUAGUGAUACGGAUGUGUGUCUAAUGUGUCUUUUUUAUAUUUAGUAGGAUACUUUUUUAAUCUUCUCUGGUUUUUAAACUAGAAUUAUGUAGAGCUUAUUUUGAGAUGUACUGUAAUGUUAGCAGAGAAAAGGUGCUUUCAUCCGUCUUGUACUAUUUUUCCUGAUUGAUACAUUCUUUUUGUAAGUUGAAAAUAAUCGAUUUUAACAUUUCUAUCAUUUUUCUGUUUUUGUAAGUGCCUUCUGCAUUAAGUGUUAUAAAAAGUAAAUCUAAUAAAGCAUAUCAGAUUAUUAAUGCAGAA